UUUACCCAUCUUCAUCUUCCUCCUCCUCCAUGCUCACUCUCUGAGCUCCAUUAUCCACAACCCCACACUCCACCAUGUCAUCCGCUUCAAAGUUCAUCCGCUUCGGCACCGCGCUCUUCCGUUUCCCCAAAUUACCUAUCUCUCUUUCUCCUCCUCCUUCUCUCCUCUCUCUCAAACCGUUCUCCGCCUCACAAUCCAUCCUCUUCUCCCGCCACUGCUCCUCCUCCUCCGCCGCCGCCGCUUCCUCCGUCGAUACCGCCACCUCUAGUAUCACAGAAGCCCCGGUGCACCACCCCUGGCCGGAGUGGGUGGCUUUCGUCGAUGGCCUGAAGACCAAGGGCUACUUUCUCAAACCGCCACCGCCUGCCGAGGACGGCGAGACUGACGGCGUUUACACCGAUAUGAAUCAGUUGAAGGAUGCUUGCCUUAGCUUUGCUCGUGACCGCUAUGAUGUUUUCAAAUCAUUGUCUGUCGAAGACAUUCAGGCACUUGUGGAGGGUGGAUGUCCCAAUUUGUUGCGAAAAGCUGUGAAUUCAGGGAAGCGGUUGAGAUUCUACGUGAAGCUGGACGAAGGGGAUGUUUGCGGUGGUUGCAAUCUGCGAGGUUCCUGUGAUAGAGCUUAUGUCGUUCUUAAUGAAUUUGAAGCAGCUGCCCGUACGGUGGAUAUAGUGCGAAUAUUAAUGUACUAUGCGCUAGAUCCGCUCGUUAUUUCCGGGCAGCAGAAACCUCCUGGCAGAGAGCUUGUAGAAACGUCUGCAAGAAAACUGCUGGCUAAGUUGCUUCAACUCAGUGAAACAGAUGUUGACCCAUCACUGCCAAUGCCUGCGGCCAAAGCUCUUCCAAAGAAAAAACCAUCUAUCCGUUUGAUGGAUGAUGAGCUGUCUCAAGCUGCUGAAAUGAAGAGAGGAGAUUGGAUGUGUCCCAAAUGCAAUUUUCUGAACUUCGCAAAAAAUAUAAGAUGUCUAGAGUGUAAAGAGGAGGGCCCACGAAAAGUUGAUAUGAGUGAUGUUGAAAUGAAAAAAGGGGACUGGGUCUGCUCUGAGUGCAAUUUCAUGAACUUCGCUAGAAAUGUUCGCUGCCUAAAGUGUGAAGCUCAAGGGCCAAAGAGACCCGGUGUAGAUGAUGUCAAAAUGAAGAAAGGAGACUGGAACUGCCCACAGUGUGGGUUCAUGAAUUUCGCAAGCAAAAAGAAUUGUCUCCGCUGUCAAGAGGUACGGCCCAAGCAAAACCCUGCAGAUUGGGACUGUCCCUCAUGUAAUUUCAUGAAUUAUUCAAGAAACACGGAAUGCCUGAAGUGUAAAUGUGAACGCCCUGACAGAGACACAACAGUAUACCCUAAGAAGAAAUUUCAUACCGAGUAUGAGGAGCACGAAUGGAGGCGUCCUCGCUAGACCAAAAACGUUGUAUUUCAUGGAGAUUUUUUCAAGGCAGGUGGUGCAGGACAAGAUACGCCUGGUGACCGAGCACACUCAUAAAUCAUCUGGUUUGUGAUAACCGAAGAACACUCUGAUGUAUUGAUGGAAUGUCUGCAACUUUGUUCAUUAGUUUUCUUAUACUGGAGCAAGAACAGUAGCAUGGGUUAGCUAUAACUCCUCCCCAGAACAUUAGGAGGAACCUUGUGUUACGAUUAAACUUAUAGCUAUAAUUGAAGGUUCAUUAUAAUUUUUGCUC